AUGCCGUCCGUCAAGACCCCCAACCACCGUUGCAAGAACCGCCUGGCGGCACAGGCCAGCAAGGCCAAGAAGGUGCGCCAGAAGAAGUCGGAGGAGAACAAGCACAAGAUUGCAAAGGUCGACACCAUGCGCGGCGCGCGCCCCGGCCUGUUGCCCACCAGCGGACCCAAUGCGCCUCUGAGCAAGAAGAAGGCCAAGAAGCUCGAGAAGAAGAUUGCGCAUGCCAUCAGGAGGAAGAUGGAGGCCGAGGGCGAGAUCGUAAUGGAGGAUGCCGCUGAGGAAGCCGACGAGGAAGAAGACAAGGCUGCUGAUGAGGAUAUGGAGGUGGAGAAGAUUGAGUAA